AUUCAUGAAAAACUUCACUACUACGAGAAACAGGGCCCUGUACCCAUUCUCCAUGGCGCAGCAGCCUUGGCCGAUGACCUGGCCGAAGAGCUUCAGAACAAGCCAUUGAACAGUGAGAUCAGAGAGCUGUUGAAACUACUGUCAAAACCCAAUGUGAAGAUGAUAAAUCAUGCAGCCACUCUAAUUGUGAGCUUAUUAAAAAGUUUGGAUUUCAUCCAAACUGGAAAGCCAGUGAAAGGAUUUAUACAGGGAAGUGACACAGACUCGGUCAAAAUAAUCCGUCUGGUCAAAAAUAGAGAACCACUGGGAGCUACCAUUAAGAAGGAUGAGCAGUCUGGGGCGAUCGUUGUGGCUAGAAUCAUGAGAGGAGGCGCAGCAGACCGAAGUGGUCUUAUUCAUGUUGGUGAUGAACUUAGGGAAGUGAAUGGGAUACCAGUCGAGGAUAAGAGGCCUGAAGAAAUAAUACAGAUUUUGGCUCAGUCUCAGGGAGCAAUUACAUUUAAGAUUAUACCCAGCAUCAAAGAGGAGACACCAUCUAAAGAAGGCAAGAUGUUUAUCAAAGCCCUCUUUGACUAUGAUCCUAAUGAGGAUAAGGCAAUUCCAUGUAAGGAAGCUGGGCUUUCUUUCAAGAAGGGAGAUAUUCUUCAGAUUAUGAGCCAAGAUGAUGCAACGUGGUGGCAAGCAAAGCAUGAAGGUGAUGCCAAUCCCAGAGCAGGCUUGAUUCCCUCCAAGCAUUUCCAGGAAAGGAGAUUGGCUCUGAGACGACCAGAAAUAUUAGUUCAGCCCUUGAAAGUUUCCAACAGGAAAUCAUAUGAGGAAACAGUUGAGUGUGAGGAAAUUAAAGAAGAUGCUGAAUAUGCUGGUAACAACAGUGGAGCCUAUAUAGCUGGUUUUAGAAGAAGUUUUCGUCUCAGUAGAAAAGAUAAGAAAACAAAUAAAUCCAUGUAUGAAUGCAAGAAGAGUGAUCAAUAUGAUACAGCCGACGUACCCACCUAUGAAGAAGUGACACCAUAUCGACGACAAACUAAUGAGAAAUACAGACUCGUUGUCUUGGUUGGUCCUGUAGGCGUAGGGCUGAAUGAACUGAAACGAAAGCUGCUGAUCAGUGACACACAACACUACGGUGUGACAGUGCCCC